CCCUUGCAGCUGCAUGCACCCUGCCUGCCUGCAAAAGACAUUCCCUCCAUUUGAUGGCGUUUGCCUGAGAGAGAGCCGGCGUAUAAAUCCGAAUCCCGCAUCGUGGAGUGACGGGAGAGGAGAGAGAACCGGUCCAAGGAGGUGAACGGGUUUGGCCGUGACGUAGCAGACGACGCCAGGCUCCUGCUGCGUGUAUGUAGGGGGGUUUAAAUGACCGCUAGUGACCUCAAAGCAAAGGCUUUGUUUUAGCCGCGCUUUGCGUCGCAUUAGAUUUUUUUGUCUGUUUUUGUUUUAAAUGUACCCCAAAUAAGGUUCUUCCAGUCCGGAGAGGGAGUGUUCCGUGUGGCUAAUUCGCGGAACAGAAGCUGUCAUUAGCACCAGCUAGGCUAAUUUAGCACCCCUGCUAAGCUAACCCACAAGCUAGGUUAUUAGCUCCCGCUGAAAAUGGAUAAAGCCAAGUCGAUGGUGGACAAGAAGGGGGCGUCGGGACCCUUCCAAGCCGGCCAGGGGAGCUGCAACGGGCACGUCAACGGCUGCGGCAACCCCGGGCUGGCUUCGGCGAGCGACAACAGCCACUACCACCACCACCACCACCAUCACCAUCAUGUCCACCGCGGCGGGGUUGACGCCGAGUGCAACAGCUCGCCGGCCAAGCGGAGCAGACUCCGGAGGAGGACCGAGUCCAUGAAGCGGCACAGACCCCCGUUCCCCUGGUUCGGGAUGGACAUCGGAGGCACGCUGGUCAAGUUGGUGUAUUUCGAGCCGGUCGAUAUCACAGCAGAAGAAGAGCAGGAGGAAGUGGAGAACCUCAAAUCCAUCCGCCGCUACCUCACCUCAAACGUGGCCUAUGGUAAGACGGGCGUGCGCGACGUCCACCUGGAGCUGAGGAACCUGACAAUGUGCGGCCGCAGGGGAAACCUGCACUUCAUCCGCUUCCCCACGCAGGGCAUGCCCCGCUUCAUCCAGAUGGGCCGUGACAAGAACUUCUCCAGCCUGCACACCACGCUAUGCGCCACCGGCGGCGGCGCUUACAAGUUUGAGGACGAGUUCCGCACCAUGGCCGACUUGGAGCUGCUGAAGCUGGAUGAGCUGGACUGCCUGAUUCGGGGCCUGCUGUUUGUCGACCGGGUGGGCUUCAACGGCCACCCGGAGUGCUACUACUUCCAGAACCCCUCGGACACGCAGAGCUGCGUCAAGCAGCCCUGCACGCUGGACAACCCCUUCCCCAUGCUGCUGGUCAACAUUGGCUCCGGGGUGUCCAUCUUGGCCGUGUACUCCGAGGGCAACUACAAGCGAGUGACCGGGACCAGUCUGGGAGGUGGUACAUUCCUUGGCCUUUGCUGCCUGCUGACCGGCUGCGAGACGUUCGAGGAAGCUCUGGAGAUGGCCAGCAAAGGCGACUCCACCAACGUGGACAAGCUGGUGAAGGACAUUUACGGGGGAGACUAUGAGCGCUUCGGCCUGCAGGGUUCCGCCGUGGCAUCCAGUUUUGGUCACAUGAUGAGCAAAGAGAAGCGCGAUACCAUCAGCAAGGAGGACCUGGCCCGAGCCAUGCUGGUCACCAUCACUAACAACAUCGGAUCCAUAGCACGCAUGUGUGCCGUCAACGAGAAAAUCGAACGUGUUGUUUUUGUCGGCAACUUCCUACGUAUCAACACGGUCUCCACCAAACUGCUGGCCUACGCCAUGGACUUCUGGUCCAAGGGACAACUACGAGCGCUCUUCCUGGAGCAUGAGGGUUACUUUGGCGCCGUGGGUGCACUGAUGGAGCUGCUCAAGACGACGGAGGAGCCGUGAGUCACCAGUAUGUCACCUCCCCCCCUCCCUCCCUCAAUGCUGUGAUGUCAUCAACUCUCGCUGCUGCGAACGCCGCCGCCGCCACCCGGUUGCAACGGCUGCAAAAAGGAACCGCCGAGACACACACAGGCGUGGAAAGUGUGAAAAGUCAUUAGGUUCUCGUGUAAAUAAGAAGAACUCGCUAGUAGAGGUUUGAAUAUUCUAAUCACUAAUUUAUGCUAAUUAACUCUGUCCUUGCCUGUGAGCCUAACCCCCCCCCCCCCCGGUACAGUGUGUGUUUUUCACAAUGUGCGACGAGCUACUGUAGCAUCACGUCCUCAAGAGGGCGCCACCUGUGUGUAUUUCAUUCACAGUGCAGUUUUUCCACACUCCCUCACCAGGAACUCCUAAAGCAGUCCCAAGCUGCCCCCUUCAGGUCCUAAAGGAAACUGCACACGGCCUUUUUUUUUUGUUGUUGUUUCUCCUUACACCGGACGGCCUCUGCAGGACCAGCGCUCUUGUCCCUGGCUUCAUUCUCACCUUUUGUGCUUCUUCACCCCCUUGUCGUCUUCUUGCCCAGCCCCGUAACGUUCUAGAAUUAAUGGUGCCAUCUCCGGACCAAGACGCCCCCUCUUCCUGUAGUCCUUCUAGAACAGGGGUGUUCAAAGUGCGGCCAGUAGCUAAUCGCAUGCUAAUAUUAGCAUGCUAGCUUUUUUGUUCAUUUUGCAGGUAUACACCUCGCGUCGAAUAUUUUGUUACUUGACGAAUAGUACCUGUUAGCAUGCUAACGCUGGUAUACACCUCAUAUUUUGGUACUUGAUGCAUGCUAACAUUAGCAGGCGGGCAUUUUUGUUAAUUUUGCACAAUGAGCAGGUAUGCACGUCGGCGUCAAAUAUUUUCUUACUUGACGAAUGAUACCUGUUACAUGCUAACAUUAAGUAUGCUAGCUUUUUUUUAAACAAAUUUUGUAAGUAUACACCUCAGUCAUAUUUUGGUACUUGAUGCAUGCUGACAUUAUCAGGCUAGCAUUUUAAACACAUUUUUCAGGUACACACCUUUAGAGUAAUAUAUUCUGGUACUUAAUGGAUGUCACAGUUAGCAUCGUAGCAUGCUAGAUUUUUCGCUAAUUAAGCAGGUAUAUAUUUCACUAAUGUUAAUGGUAAGCAGUACUGUUAGCAUGCUAGCUCAUUUUGCUCAUAUUUUCGUUACAUUGCGCUAUCAGGCUAAAGUGCUAACUGUUAGCAUUUCAGUUCGGCUUUGGCCCUUCAGCAUUCAGACGAACUUAUGUACCGAAAUAGCAUAGUUCACAUAUUUUACUGGUUUCAAACUACCAAAAUGGCCCUCACAUCCUUAGAUUUUUGUCAGUCUGGGGGGAAAAGUACGGGCACCCCUGUUCUAGAGGCUGUUUAAAGGAACACGGACCAAGAUGCACGUAAACCGAUGAUGACGCUGAGACAACCCUCAGCUUGUACGUUUGAUGCGAAGACCCAUUUUUACAACCACCGCCUUCUGCUUUGUGCCAUCGCCGCUUACACCCUUCUUCUUCACAUAAAUACCUCCGAACAACACACGAAUGUCAGCUAGCAUCCAAUUAAAGGUCCCGUAUUAUGCUAUUAUAUGUGCCAGUAUAGUGUAGUGGAAGUGUUAACCUUGGCUUUUAGUUGGCGCUAAUGGGAAGACGCCAUUUUGUGUCUGUAGCUGUGACGCUAAUGAGUUUUGAUUGAUUGAUUGAAACUUUUAUUAGUAGAUUGCACAGUACAGUACAUAUUCCGUACAAUUGACCACUAAAUGGUAACACCCGAAUAAGUUUUUCAACUUGUUUAAAUCGGGGUCCACGUUAAUCAAUUCAUGGACAAUUCAGGACACGCAUGGAGAAAAAGGAACAACGGCACACCGCAUGGGCGCUCUUUGGCAAGAUUUGUGGUCUCGCUCACCUGUUCAAACACUGCACGGCGGCCAUUGUAGUCGUUUUUUAAGUUCUUUCGUGUGUUAAAAAACGUUAGUGGGCACACACGCAGAUACUAGACAGAUGCCCGAUGAUAGAUUGCGAAGGAUUUUUGCCUAGGCCAUAGUGGGCGUGGCAUGGCGCCAAACUGUUUUGAUGGUUCGCCACAAAGCGUUCGACAAUUAUAACUCGGUUCCACAAAUUCAGAUCUUGGUCAUAAUUAGUGAUGAUGAUGACACCUUGACGUGCUGGAUCUGUAAGUGCCUAUUUGCUCCGCCCGCCGACAAAAACUGCUCCUGGCAAUCAACCAUCAAAAUGUUGUUACUUGACCUUACUUGACCUUAAAUGAUGAGUUCCCCUUCCAAACUGAUCAUGACCAACAUCGCCCCUGUGUGGUGGAAACUUAUAAUGGCAUAACUUCUUUCCACAUGCUCCGAUCUUGCUGAAUUUUAGAUGGUGGGUCGGGGCAUUGGAAAGGACGAGAUUGCAUCCGUCGUACGUUCACGCCGCAGCUUGAAUUUAUUUUGCGGGGAGGGGGGUUUCCCCACAAAAAACGGGCUUUCUAGCUACAGACAGGUUAGAGGCGGCAUCGUGUCCGUGACAUCCUUGCCAACCCUCCCGAUUUUCCCGGGAGACUCUCGAAUUUCAGUGCCCCUCCCGAAAUUCUCGCAAAUUUCUUCCGAUUUCCACCCGGACAACAAUAUUGGGGGCGUGCCUUAAAGGCACUGCCUUUAGCGUCCUCUCUCACCUGAAAAGGAGACUAUUAUAUAUGUCUCCGUUAUCCAUAGGUUUAUCUAUAACCCAUAAAGUAAGCAGGCACGGAGCUAUUUCUCAGCAUGUGUUUAUUCCAGCCGACACGUUAUAUACACUGACACACAACAUCCAGAUUCCCAUCAUGCAUUGCUUCAAAACCACGGCAAGUAGUAAUGUCCAAAAACACAACAGAGACGAAGCAGAAGAACGAAGAAGAGACAUGGCGACGACGAGUAAGAAGAAGAAGUACGCUUGCAAGUUCCAAAAUGAUCGGAAAAAAUUAUUUCAGUUCAUCCAGGACAGCUCGAAGCUCGAAGGGGUAUGCUGCCUGCACAUUUUCUAGAUCAGACUUCUCCAUUGAACACGGUGGCCGAACGGAUAUACUCAUUCAUGAACAGAUUAUUUAUAUAUAUAUAUAUAUAUAUAUAUAUAUAUAUAUAUAUAUAUAUAUAUAUAUAUAUAUAUAUAUAUAUAUAUAUAUAUAUAUGGUCUCAAGGUUGGCAAGUAUGGUCCGUUAAGAAGACGUUUUUUUUGUGUCUCUUUUUUGCCAAAAAGUGAAGAUGAUGGAUUUUUCCCACGUUUGGUGCUGAUAAAACAAGCUCCGGGAACACAUAUUACUGUGGGAACCUUACUUUGACAUAAUAGGGGACCUUUAAUGGAACCGCGGUCCACUCACCUCACCCGCCCUCUUAUUUCACGUGUGUUGCGAUGCCGUGAAGCCAUCAGUCUUGACCUAUAAACUAAAACUGCGACGUCACUGGGAGACGACGUAAUGAUUCUGUUGACUUUGCGAACACGCCCUCGGUUUAGCAUGUCUCCUGUUAGCAUAGGCUAAUUUGAUCACUGUCCUCAGCUGCCAUUUAUAGUUUGUUACCAAAUUAUUAGAAUUUUAUUAGAUAAUUCCUGAGUAGUCCUGAGUUCAAUCCCGGGCUCGGGUUCUUUCUGUGUGGAGUUUGCAUGUUCUCCCCGUGACUGCGUGGGUUCCCUCCGGGUACUCCGGCUUCCUCCCACCUCCAAAGACAUGCACCUGGGGAUAGGUUGAUUGGCAACACUAAAAUUGGCCCUAGUGUGUGAAUGUUGUCUGUCUAUCUGUGUUGGCCCUGCGAUGAGGUGGCGACUUGUCCAGGGUGUACCCCGCCUUCCGCCCGAAUGCAGCUGAGAUAGGCUCCAGCACCCUCCGCCACCCCAAAAAGGGACAAGCGGUAGGAAAUGGAUGGAUGGAAUUUAAAGUCAUAAAUUAUGAAGGUUUAUUUGCUGGUGUACCCUCCCAGGUGUUAUUAUGUCAUGACCAUAUUGGCCCGGAUAUUUCAUGCUAAUGUCUUCACUCGCAUCAGCAGCGCCUCUUUGUUUUUCCUAACAACCUUUGACACGCUUUUAUCGCGUCGAGGCCCACAAGUGAAUACGCGAGUGACGGGAAGAAAGGCUCUGGUUUAUAAUAAAUUGAGGACAAAAAAAAAGUGGUCGAGGCGUCCAUUGACUUGAUCGCCGUUUGACUGCUGGCUUCACAUCAUCGCGACCUUUUUGAGCAAUUGUUUUGUUUUCAACUGUGACGCAGCCAACCUGGUGUUCUUAUUGGGGCUUUUUUUCCUUGCCUGGGUGAAGGCAAAGCUGACCCCCGUCCCCUUUGCUACAUUUUUGUGUGUGUUGAUGCCUUCAUGUCCUCUCAAAGUGUCUUCUCCACGUUCCUGGUAGCCCUCUGCUUUGUCGCGGUACCCCAAGGGGAACAACCUCAACAAUCCACACGAUACUGUAUAAACAUAUAAUUUAAAAAAAAUUUUUUUUUAUGUUUUCAAUGGUUUACGUGUUCUCUCAAAGGCAUUUUCUCCUCUUGGAAAGCAUUUUGAAGCUGAAAUGAGCCCUUUAAACCACACUACGGACUGUUUAUUGUUGAAAUAGAACCAUGUCUGCAAACUCAUUUGGUACCAGCUACUAAAAUAAUAUUAAUACUCACUUUUAAUUUGGUACAUAUGCUAACUGUUAGCAUGCUAAGUUUCUUAAGUCAAUUUUGUCAUCAUACACCCCAGUGUCAUAUAACUUGGUGUCACUUUUAUCACGUAACGCAUGCUAACAGUUAUCACAUGUCAAGGACCAAGUUAUAGUUAGCAUGCUAACUUUUUUUUUGCCAAUUUUUUCUGCCAUACACCUCAGUCCUACAACUUGUUACGUGACACAUGCUAACUCUUAGCAUGUUAAUGUUAGCAUGUUAACAGCUAACAGGAUUAGUUAGCCUGUGAUUCAUUUGCAUGAUAUACAAUUAGCUUCAAAUAGCAUUCUAUGAUUAGCCUCGAUUGUGAUACAACUUGGCACGUGACAUAUGCUAACUGUUAGCAUGCUAACAGUUAGCAUGUGUCACAUACCAAGUUCUAUGACUCUGAGGUUCAAGGCGGCAAAAUUGGCUAAAUAAUUUAGCACGCUAACCAUAACUUGAUACUUGACAUAUGCUAUUUGUUAGCAUGCUAGCAUGAUAACAUUAACAUGCUGAGAAUUAGCAUGUGUCGCUAGGUUGUAGGACUCUGAGGUGUAUGGCGGCAAAAUUGGCUAUAAGUUAGCAUGCUAACAUUAGCUUGUUAACUUUGCGAAUGGUAGCGUGCUAACUUUUGUAGCCAAUUUUGCCACCGCACACCUCAGAGUCCUAUAAUUUGGUACAUGAAACAUGCUAACUGUUAGCAUGCUAACAGUUGGUACAUGCCACGUACCAAGUUGUAUCACAUUCGAGGCUGCUCAUUGUAUGCAUUUUAAAGCUACUUGUUUAGUUAUGAUGUAAAUUAUGCAAAUUAAUCUUCUAUGGAGAUACAUGUGUCAUAAUUUGCUAACAGAGUGACAUUAUGCUGGACUGUCAAAUUUUAGGCCUAAUUUAGCAAAAUUAAUUUACGAUAAUUUUGGCAUUAGAUACCAAAAUUGGUCGUCAAGCUUUUUAUGUUGUUUUCAUCUUAAAACGGUUAAUUUUUGUUACAUGUGCUAUAUUUUCUAUUAAUUUGACUGAUUUUGAUAGUAGCGCAAUCUCAGUUAAAAACGGUUUAGUGUAAAUAAACGACCACCGAAAUGAAGUCGACAUCUUAGUUACAAUACUCAAAUCGACGAACCGAUUCGAUACUCUGUGGCUGUACUCUGUUAGCGACCAUGCUAAUGAUUCUUAGCAACCACGCUAACAAUGCCAACAAUUCCACAAGAAUCACACUAAUGAUACCUCGUCAAAUUCAAUGUGAUACCCUUCUAAGGCCUUGUGUUAUUCAUGUACUACAUUUACAGCUUGUUCAUUCAACAAUCAUUUACAUUGUUUGUUCGCUCGCAAUGUUAGCCACAUUGACAAUAAUUUGCUAACAAAGUUAGCCAUUUGUGAAAUUUUUUUUGAACACUAUAAAGCUGGACGGGUACUUUGUGGGCGAUUUUGAGAAGAAAAAAAGAACAUGGACGAAUAUUUCAAAAUUUUAAUGGGAUCGAACACUGAAUACGACAUCUAAUGCGAAGGAAUCUACUCGUUUGAUACCGUGGUAAUUUCAACCUGAUACCUUAUUAACCAUGUUUUUUUUGGUGAUUGAAUACUAUUUAUAACACACCGUACGAAAAUUUUGUUUAGUUUUUGAUGACUUCCCGGUUCGCUGUGAAAAGCCCGUUAACAAGUUGCCCUGCAGUUAGCAUUGCACCAAACCUGACUCGUGUAUCUUCUCACUCAUUCAAUACUUUGUCAAAUUCUAUUUAAUACAACCUAAUCUGAUGAAUUUGCUACUUUUUACCAUUUUUUAAAAUGGCUUUGGUGAUAUCGCUGUUAAGGAUAGCGCUAACGACAGUGCUGGGACCAUCGUCCGCAUAACGCUAUGCAGUUAGCCUCGUCUUCUCGUUCCUCUGUCCGCCAAUAACCGCCGUGUGUCCUGCUGAUGUAUAUAUAAACACGUAUUAGCGGCGGACAAAGUGUUUUAGCACUCUUUUAUACCGUCAAAUCCUGCUAUUUCUCAAAGUAUCUUGUCAGCUGUGACGUAAUCCACCAUGUGACCUUCUCUCCUUCCGUCUUGCACAAGUUUUUGUUCGAUUUAUUCAAAUAUUGGUUUUAUUUUAAUGGAGAAAAACGGCCUUUUUAACUGGAAUGCUUGACUGGAAUUGUAUUGUUUUUAUUUGUGUGUGUGUGUGUAUUGUACAGAGCUUUUGUAAAUAUGAAUAACGAUCUAUUCUACACCAGCAAACAGUCUGUUUUAACGACGGGCCGGGCUUCCCAAAAAUGUCCCAAAGUACGCCGAUCACACAUUUUUUGUUGUUCUUUAAGAGGUUGUGUCCUGAAUUUUAAUACGACAUUAAUCUCUGGUGUGAAAUACUAAAAUUCAAAGGUCAUUUUAGUGAACCUUCUUGACUUUGAGUGUUUGAACUGAACGUAAAUGUGUUUGUGUUUUGGGAAACUUUGCGCUGGCUGUUGUCGCUGCUUUGAACUCCCCAAAAAUGGAGAAAAAGAUUUUAACAAACAAAAAGAAAUGUAAAAAAAAUAAAAUAAGCUCUGCUAUGUGCAAUGUGUACGUACUGAAGUGAAGUUUUUUUUUCUAAAAAAAAGAAGAAAAAAAAGGAAUAAAACUGAAACUGA